GAUGUAAAGAAAUAUUAUAAAUAAUAAUUUAAUUGUGAGCUAUUAUAAGAAUAUUCCUAGUUCCGGCAUUCCUUUUCCGUCAUUAAAACUAGAAAGAAGAAAAUGAGUUUUGUACAAGUUGAAAGUCGUUUCUUCUCGAUUUCGUCGGUUUCGAUGAAAAGUCUAGGUACUCUCGACUUGAGUCGCAUGGAAUUUGAAUUAUUAAAAACACGUGUCUAUAGAAGCUGCUACGACAAUAAAAGAAACAACAUGGUGUCAAGGGACGCUCCGCAGGGGUCGGUAGAAUGUGUCUACGCCUGGUUACCGGCACGCGAUUGGUCCACGUUUGGCGCUUUUAAGAUUGGAAGGGGUUUUCUUGGCUGUCUGUCGGAUGUUUAGUUGUUCAUUGUGGGGAGUUUCAUAGAAAGUAGAGGGAGAACUAAGGGAAAGAAAGAAUAGAAAGAAGAAGAGGGUGGCAAGUAAGUAAAUCGCUCUUGAAGGUGAUACAAGACUGACUGUGACAACGUCCAAGAAACACAUAGUCGCAAAAGAAACACAAGUCAAAUAGUUCAAUUGUUAGGAUAAUAAAAUAAAAAAAUAUUUUUCUUAAGUGACUCCCCCAAUAUAUCGUAUAUCUCCUUACAUAUAUAUAUAUAUAUAUAUUAACAUAUAUAACUAGUGUUGUUUAACUUAUUAUUUUAUCUCUUGACUGUGAAUAAAAGCAACCGUCAAGAUGAAGUUAAAACAACAAGGCUUGGUAGCUGAUUUGUUGCCGAAUAUUCGCGUUAUGCAAUUCGGUGGACAUUUUAUGUUUAAUUAUGUUGAAAAUUCGACGAAAUUCAUGCAGAAAAUAUAUUGCUGCGUUCAUUUAUUUUUGAUCCUCCUCCAAUUCGGUCUCGCUGGGGUAAAUUUAGCCCUUGAGAGCGGUGAUGUCGACGAUCUUACUGCUAAUACAAUUACUUUACUCUUCUUCACACAUCCUGUCGUUAAAAUAAUAUAUUUUGCGGUCAGGAGCAAGCUCUUUUAUAGAGUACUGGCUAUUUGGAAUAAUCCAAAUAGUCAUCCAUUAUUUGCCGAAAGCAAUGCCAGGUAUCACGCGAUAGCAUUGAAAAAAAUGAGAACUUUGCUCUUCGCCGUUGGAGCAACAACGGUCUUUUCGGUUUUUGCCUGGACUGGUAUUACGUUCGUCGGUGAUUCUGUAAAAAAAGUCACCGAUCCUGAAACUAACGAGACCACUUUAAUGGAGAUUCCUCGAUUGAUGCUUCGUUCUUGGUAUCCUUACGAUCCGAGUCAUGGCAUGUCACACGUUAUGACCCUGGUAUAUCAAUUCUAUUGGUUAUUCUUCACCAUGAUGAACUCUAAUUCUCUCGACGUUCUUUUUUGUUCGUGGCUCCUUUUUGCCUGCGAACAAUUACAACAUCUCAAGCAAAUAAUGAAACCCCUGAUGGAACUAAGCGCAACUCUUGACACGGUUGUACCAAACAGUAGCGAAUUGUUCAAGGCUGGAAGUGCCGAGCAUCUGAGAGAUACGCAAGGUACUCAACCACCCCCGCAACCUCCGCCAGGCGGUGAAAGUAUGCUGGAUCUUGACCUCCGUGGUAUAUACAGCAAUCGACAAGACUUUACGGCGACCUUCCGACCAACGGCAGGAAUGACAUUCAAUGGUGGUGUAGGACCGAAUGGAUUGACCAAGAAACAAGAAAUGCUCGUUAGAAGUGCUAUCAAGUAUUGGGUGGAAAGGCACAAACACGUCGUUAGAUUGGUUACUGCGAUCGGAGAUGCUUAUGGUAUAGCUCUAUUACUUCACAUGUUGACAACUACCAUCACGUUGACGCUUCUCGCAUAUCAAGCUACCAAGGUAAACGCCGUUGACGUCUAUUCAGCCACGGUAAUAGGUUAUCUCUUGUAUACUCUCGGCCAAGUCUUUUUAUUCUGCAUAUUCGGUAAUCGUUUGAUAGAAGAGAGUUCAUCCGUUAUGGAAGCUGCUUAUUCGUGUCACUGGUACGAUGGCUCCGAGGAGGCCAAAACUUUCGUCCAAAUUGUGUGUCAACAAUGUCAAAAAGCAAUGUCCAUCUCCGGAGCUAAAUUUUUCACAGUUUCUUUGGAUCUUUUUGCUUCCGUAUUGGGAGCUGUCGUGACUUACUUUAUGGUGUUGGUACAGCUCAAUUGAAUGAUCGAUUAUCUUAUUGUAACUAUAUAUCUAUAUAUAUAUUUAAAUUUUCCGAAAGAAUCAAAAUUCAAAUUUCUUAUUUGUCAAUUAACGAU